UAACGUGGCCGCUGGCAGUAGUUGGGAACGGGCGGACAUCUUGUGGCUGAGUGGUGCGGGAGCCCCGUAGGGCCGGGGAGCCGCCAGCCGCCGCGCGGGGAGGAGGCCCAGCCCGCAGCUCCACAGAGGCCCCGGCCCCUCGGUGCGGCUGUGUCGGGCGGAGCCGGUGAGCGGCGCGGAGCCGAGCCGAGCCCCCGGGGAGGAAGCCCCCCCCCACCGCCCGCCCCGCCGGAUAAUCCCACUUGGGCCCGGCCCGCCCCCCUCCCCCCACCCGGCGCCACUCAGCGGAGCCGAACGGAAGACCACCGACCAUGGCGCUCAAGCGGAUUAAUAAGGAACUUAGUGAUUUGGCCCGUGAUCCCCCAGCACAGUGUUCUGCAGGUCCAGUUGGGGAUGAUAUGUUUCAUUGGCAAGCCACGAUUAUGGGACCCAAUGACAGCCCAUACCAAGGCGGUGUAUUCUUUUUGACAAUUCAUUUUCCCACAGACUACCCCUUCAAACCACCUAAGGUGGCAUUUACAACAAGAAUCUAUCAUCCAAAUAUUAACAGUAAUGGCAGCAUUUGUCUCGAUAUUCUAAGAUCACAAUGGUCUCCUGCUUUAACUAUUUCUAAAGUUCUUUUAUCCAUUUGUUCACUGCUAUGUGAUCCAAACCCAGAUGACCCCCUAGUGCCAGAGAUUGCACGGAUCUAUAAAACAGACAGAGACAAGUACAAUAGGUUAGCAAGAGAGUGGACAGAGAAAUACGCUAUGCUGUAGGGUACAACAGAAUAUCUCGGGAAUGGACUCAGAAGUAUGCCAUGUGAUGCUACCUUAAAGUCAGAAUAACCUGCAUUAUAGCUGGAAUAAACUUUAAAUUACUGUUCCUUUUUUGAUUUUCUUAUCCGGCUGCUCCCCUAUGAGACCUCAUCUUUUUUAAUUUUAUUUUUUUUUUUUGUUUCGUUUUGUUUACCUCCCUCCAUUCAUGCACAUGCUCAUCUGAGAAGACCUAAGUUCUUCCAGCUUUGGACAAUAACUGCUUUUAGAAACUGUCAAGUAGUUACGAGAGACCAGUUGCCCACGAUUCAGAAUUUUUAAAAACGGAGCAUGUGUUAAUUAUGUGGCCAAUGUCUUCACUCUAAUUUGGUUAUGAGACUAAAACCAUUCCUCACUACUCUAACAAAAGCUGAAGAUACCAUCUGAGGGGAAGGGAAUAGACGCUCAGUUGUCACUUCCAGAGAAGCAACAUUUCUGUACCCCGCAUCCAUCUCGUUUAAGCCUUCCAGUGUUAGAGAUUUGAGGCCCUUUGAAAUACUUUACACUCAUAACUGAUAAUGGCUGGAGAAUUGGUACUGAAUUUAUAGCAUCAGCAGAACAGAAAAACGUGAUGUAUUUUAUGCAUGUCAAUAAAGGAAUGACCUGUUCUUGUUCUACAGAGAAUGGAAAUUGGAAGUCAAACACCCCUUGUAUUCCAAAAUAGGGUCUUGAACAUUUUUGUAAUUUUCAUUUAAAUUUUGUUAGGAGGCUUGGAGCUAUUAGUUAAUCUAUCUUCCACUACACUGUUUAAUAUAGCACUGAUUAAAAUGAUGCAAGUUGUCAAUGGAUGAGUGAUCAACUAAUAGCUCUUGCUAGUAAUUGAUUUAUUUUUCUUCAAUAAAGUUGCAUAAACCAAUGAGUUUAGCUGCCUGGAGUAAUCAAUAUGGGAAACAAAAUCUUUUGUAAAUGCAAAGCUGUUUUUUUUGUAUAUACUGUUGGGAUUUGCCUCAUUGUUUGACAUCAAAUAAUGAUGUAAAGUUCAAUAGAGUGACUAUUUUGCCAUGUUCAGUUAAAAUGCUCAGUCUGUUGCAGGCUGACACAUUGAUCAGCCUGGUGUAUGCAGAAUUAAUAAGCUAAUCUGGUAGCGUAGCUUUUUAGUAUGCUGCACCUGACCCUACGGGCCCAAAGUUUGGGGAUGGACCUGGGCUUUUGUGGGUGCUGAAUUGGGUGCAUUGUGGGGGUGCUAGAUGGCCAGGUGUGCUCUGUUUGCUGACUGAGAAGUUUUACUUCACCUUGUACCCUUGAGAGCUAAAAGAUCUUAACGUGGGAGAAAUAAUGGGGCAAAAAUUGCAAAAUAAAGUACUGUUUUGGUGUGGGAGUUGUCCUGAGGCUGUGUUGAAGUGACUUUACUAUGUGGGAUAUUCAGUAUCCAUCGAAAAGGAUUUGUUCUGCUAUUUACAUUAGUAAGCAUUUUUAAUGCAUCAAAUAUAUCUCUCAUUUCAGGUGACUUUAACGUGAAUGAAUAAAGAAAUUGCUAUUGGAUAUAUAUAUAUUUUUUUCUUUUGGUUUGACAAAUGCUGUCUAUGCCAGUUUAACUUCUGUAGCAACCAGGGCAUUAUCAGUUGUCAUUCUCUCCACCAUCCCUCCUGAUUUCCAACAUGUAGUUUUACUUGUUUUUUUAUCCCUCCAAUUUUUUUUGAUGUCCACUGCUUUAAUGGUCCUGUACUAUCACCUACAGUGCAUCUGUGACUUCUCCAGCACCACAUUUUGCACUGCUUACAGUUAUGUGCAAUCUGAUUCCUUGUCUGAACACAGAUGUGGAAAGCUAGAUGUAAAAUAAAUGUUAAACCUUAAUUUUUAUAAAAAUUUGAAUAUGUAGUUUGGAUAUGGUUUAUUUAUUAAGGUUUUUUAAAAUGGAAGUGAAAAGCAUGUUUUCGAACAGUCUCUAGUUUGCUAAUUCUGUAGGAAGCAUGAUUUUGGAAGAUCCCUCAUCUUAAAAUGGAACCGUUUACCGGUCUUGUCUCCGUUUACCAUGCUGUAGAUUGCAAUUCUAAAUUUGUAGCUUUAUCUGGCAGUAUUUCAAAAACUAAGAGAAAUCUAGGUGUUCCUUCUUUUUUUAAAGAAUGAAUAUCCUCGAUCAGUGAGUUCAAGCAUUUGCGAAGCUAAGUCGCAAAACCCGGCUUGUAAGAAACCGCCUUAUUUUUAAAAUGGCAAGUGCUUGGUGUAAGAUGUCAGACCUUAUUCAGGACAUUUUUUCCAUGUGAUUGUGAAGAGCUAAUUUGAUUCCCCCCCCCCCAACCCCGUGCCAAAAAAAAAUCUCAAAUUUUUGUAUUCUUGUGGUUGGUGUAUUUCCGGGCUAUCGGAAAAUAGUGGUAGACCCAUGUGCUGGCACCAAAAAAUGGCACCUUCCCCCCUUUAUGGUGCUGUGCCUCUCUCAAGGUAUCAUCUCUCCCCUCCCCACCUAUUCCCCACUGGCUUGAAUUAGUUCACUUAAACAUCAGUCACUCCUUAAAGAAUCCAUAUAAGAUUUAUGUAGCAUCUCUUUUUCAAGUAGAUCAUAGAAGGGACUGGCUGGAAGGAAUCCUAAGAGGUCAGUCAGUAUUUAGUGCUUACUGGGUGUAGAGCACUGUUCUAAGCACUUGGGAGAGUACAAUAUCACAAUAUAACACAUUCCCUGCCCACAAUGAGCUUACAGUCUAGAGAGCAUUUACUCUGACUCCCUGCCUUUAGGCAGAUCAAUAAUUGCAAGUGGACAGUUUCUCAGUAGUAAAAAUGAGCAUGGUGGGGUGUGUGCACACCCGUUUAGAAAUACCAUGUACUCUCAGCUGGGAUCUAGACAACUUUCACAUCCACUAACCCUAGGGCAUUGAUUUAUCUUCUCUGCUCUAGUUGUGUGUGUUGAGGGACAGUUGUGAUCUUUAGUGAUUGCUAAAACCAGUGUUUGUGGAAUAAAUUCACUUUUCUUCAUUUGAACACCUCUAGAAGUAGACCCCGUACUUGAGUAGCUCAUUUCCCACAAACGCACGAUCUGAAAGUAGUGACACGUUUUGCUAUUUUCUUCAUUUCUUUGCUCUUAAACACCAACUGGUGGUGCGAAUGCCAGGUGGAAAUCUGAGGUAAAUGUGAAAUAAACUCACUCAAUAGCUUUUCUUAUAUGCAAUAUACUAAGAAUAAGGGUUUUGUGGCAUACUGAUUAUAGUUUGUUUUCCUAAAAAUUGAGAUCAGAAUAUUUUAAAGAUGCUAUCGUGCUUCAUACGGGAAUUCUGUUCCAACUGGUCUUUGUCACUAAUUCUAAUUCAGUUUAAAAUGGUUUCGUGACUUUACUUCCCAUUUUGGCUCCAUGGAAAGUCUGGAGUGAGCUAAACAGAUGAGAAAAAUCAUUGGGUGUACCCAAAACUGAAAGUCUGAAUCAUGUUUACUAAUGGUCUCAGGAGUAAUGAAACUGUUUUUGGCAUCAAUACCACACAUUGUUAUCUAAAAGUACAAGCACUGUAAAUGCUGCGUUAUUCAUUUUGAAGUAUGACUCAAAAUUAGAUUUGUUUUGUUAAUGGACACAAAAUAGGGUUUCUCAAUCUCUGCUAAAAGACUCUUUAUAUUACAUUUUGAGUCAAUAUUUGCUUUUACCUGAUUUUAUGAAGGACUAACAGCAAUCAUCAAAACCUUGUCUUGAGAGUAGUGCCUGCAGAAUUGUAACCGAGUUGAUCUUAAAAGGAAUUGUGACUAUCAUUAAAACAACAUCCUUGAAAACAGACACCUGUCUUGCGCAGUAAUUCCAUCUGACAGAUGGAACCCAGAAUUGGACAAAGUUCACAAGUUCAUUAAUCAGUGAAGAAAGUGAAACUGGACUUGUACUCGUUUUGAAGCGUUCAAGCCUUUUGGUGUUAAAAACUUGCUUUUCCUUUGUUUCACAGUAACAGUACCUAUUAAAUCUGCUUUCCUGGGAGAAUAUACGUGGGUGAGAAUUACACAGUCCCUGGUGUCCCCAAAGGACUCCAUCUAAGGAAACGUAGGGUAAUUAUAUAGCAGCUGUAUUAAACCUUCUUUGCUGGCUA